AGUCCUCGAGUUCUCUCAGUUGAUAACAGGCUCUCGCUUGUCUACCUCGCUUGCUUUCACCAACUCACAAAGCCUAUUCAGUAGCAUUUGAACAACAGCUCGUCCGAAUUCUUCCUUCCUACUCAGAAGCAUUUGAGCCAGUUUCUUGUUCCUGUCUCCAGUGAUCAGCCAUGGCGUCCAGACUUGCUCUAGCGCUCCUCGCGGCCUCACUCCUCGUCGCCUCAGCAGCCGCAGCUCAGUUCGCUCCUCGGCCGACGCCUGGCUCGUUGCCCAGCGCGUCGCCUGGGUUGUCGCGGGCGACGACGUUUCGCGAGGAGCUGAAGCAAGUGGCGAGCAUCCUCGCCAGCCAAAAAGGCUACAGCCUUCCAGCUCAAGUUUUCUCGACCCUUAGCAACUUCCCCAGGGAUAAAUUGGCUCUAGUGGAGAACACCACCGUGUUCGUCCCCACCGACUCCGCCCUCAAGAAGAUCGGCCUUCGCGCGCUCUUCAACCCUGGUCUGGUUACCAAGUUCGCCCGUUACAACAUCAUCCACGGGCGCUUCUCCUUCGAGCAGCUCACGAACCUGUCCAAGGGCUCGCAGCUGCGCUCUCUCUACAAGAACCGGCCGGUAGAGCGCAAGGCCGUCAGCCCCGCGGCGAAGGACUGGGUGGUCAAGAACAAGGACCUCCUCGAGACAAACUUUUUUGAGAAGCUCGGGAAUAAGGCGAGCGGCGCUAUUAACAAGCUUCUCCCGCCUGCCGGCAACGAGGUGGGCUUCGGCCGGCCUAACUCCGGUCCUCUGUCGUGGGUGCGAGUAACGAAGCCUGACCUGUUCAACGGCAACUUUAUCAAGGUGCACGGUGUGGAUAGCCUUCUCAGGCCGGCUGCUUGAGGGAUGGUAGAGCUUGGGGUUGCCCUGUCCCAUUCCAUCCAGUGCGUUAAAGUGCUUUGAUUUCUUUCAUCUCAUCGUACAUCCGCCUUUUCUAGGCUAUGCUAGGUGCAUAGGAGACUUAGAGCCGUCAAUAUUGUUAGGGCGCAUCUCGUGUCCUGGUAGGCUGUAACUAAGAAUAAUAGAAGCAGUCACUGCAUUAUUGAUGGAAACAGCUGCUGUUGUGAGAACCAUAUCAUUAUUGAAGGCAGUUCCAAUGAAUGCGAGGGCCAUUGGACUAGUCCCUAAGGUCCUAUUCAAGAAUAUCAAGCUUGCAUUGGUGCCACAUUGUAUGAUGCAUGGAGGAAUCUUUCAGUGUGCAAUAGUUCAAUAUGUUAAUUGU